UAUAAUCAAGAAUGAGUCGUGUUGCUCUUGUCACUGGUGGUGCUCGUGGUAUUGGUAAGGCUAUUGCUGUGCAAUUGGCCAAAGACGGUUACAAAGUCGCAAUUACUGGCUCAUCUCAAGAAGAACUGGGAUGGCAAACCGUUGAGGAGUUGAAGCAGUUGGGAACUGAUGCCACUUUUAUAAAAGCGGAUUCCGGUGUCUGUGAACAAGUAUUCAACGCUGUUGAAGAAACCUACAAGCAAUUGGGUGGUUUUGACGUCAUCGUCAACAAUGCUGGUAUCGAGGUCACUCCAGCAGACUUGGAGAAGAUCAACAACAUCAACAUCGGUGGUGUCCUUUGGGGUAUCCAAGCCGCUGCUAAGAAGUUCCAGGAAUUGAACCAGCCAGGUAAGAUCAUCAAUGCCGCUUCCGUUGCUGGUCACACCGCUUUCGAGAUGAUGGGUGCUUACUCUGCUACCAAGUUCGCUGUUAGAGGUCUGACCCAUGCAGCUGCUAAGGAAUUGGCCUCAAAGAAAAUCACCGUUAACUCUUACUGUCCAGGUAUCGUCCUUACUCCAAUGUGGGAUGUGAUCGAUGAGAAAAUGGGUGAUUAUGCUGGUGUUCCAAAGGGUGAGACUGUCAAGAAGUACAUUAAUAACAUUGCUCUUGGUCGUGGUGAACAACCAGAGGAUGUUGCUGGUUUGGUCAGUUUCCUCGCUGAUGAGAAGUCCAACUACAUCACUGGUCAAAACAUUCACGUUGAUGGUGGUAUCAUAUUUGUUUAG